GAAUCUCACCGGAUGGCCGGAACUACUGGUCCCGUUUUUCUAUUGACCAUACCUCCUAGUGUGGGAUACGAGCAAAACCCACUGAGUUUGUAUUACUGCUAUGAUAUAGAAGGUUCUACUAAGCAUUUGAAGCAAUGCAUAGCUGAGGUAACGAACACACCAUGGGGUGAAAGAGUGUUGUUUGUUUUCAACCCAAAAUCUGAUUUAGUGGCAAAACCAUUACAUGUUAGCCCCUUCAUGGAUAUGCUUGGAAAUUGGAGCAUAAGGGCAAAUGCUCCUGGGGAUAAUUUAUCUGUUUCCAUUACAGUGCAGCACCCUGAUCUUGGUGAGUAUUUUGUGGCCAUCAUGAAAGCCAGAAGGAUCCCCUCAUCACCAGGAUUGGAUCAUGCAAUUUUCUUCUGGUUGAUGCCUCACAAGGUUGCAAUGUGGAUAUAUUGGCAAGCUUUUCAGCUUUGGUGGAAAAACGUGUCAUUUAUCGAACACCCAAGAUAUACUUGCCCAUCAUAUAGGGAGGUGGCCUCAUUACGUGACCAAAAACUUCGAUGCUCUCAGGCGACAGGGUCAUACCAAGACGAACACCUGGAAAUUAAUGCAAGUAACUCUGCGCUCCUGGCUGACAGAAAUUCUCGGGGCUGUCGGUUUUCAUGGAGAGAUGCUAAAUGGCCUUGGUCUUGAAUACUAGCUUCACGAAGGAAAACAUGAAGCCAGAGUCAACGAGAGAGAGAGAAGCACUGGGAGGUUCAUGGUUCUCUUGUGAGUAGUUGGUCUGAUGCAGGUUUGUGGUAAAGAAUUCGAAAAAAUUCAUCGUCAUUUUUAGCUUAAUAGUUGGCACUGUUAUUGCCCGCAUUCUAUCUAUUGCUUUAGAAUAAAAUCAAGCAUACGAAGUUCGUGUACUCCAUGAUGGUAAUGCUCUUUCGCAUUCUCGUUUGCAUUGGUACUCCAUGUAUGAUUCGCAACUUUCACUAUAUUUGAAUCGUAAUAAAUGACAGAAUUUUAAUA